UGUUGAAUCGUUCCACUUGAGAAGUCUGUAGUCAUUUUCAAAGUAUCACACACAUGUAUGCCGCAUAUAAAUGAGUAUUGUAGGAAGGAUAUGUAUAUAUAGACCUACAAAUAUCAUAUAUCUGGAGCCUGCGCAUACAUAUGCCACAAAGCCUAUAUAGAAAACGCUGUGUCACAGAGAAACAAGCACCAUGUAUGUGGACAAGGAAACUUCGGAAGUCAGGUACUUGCAAGCCUUCGAUUUCGUGCUCUUCGCCUUAUUUAUGGCAGUAUCCGCUGGCAUAGGGGUUUUUUACGCCAUUCGAGCCAAGCGGCAAGGAACAUCGAACCGAGAUUAUCUCCUUGGUAACCAAGAGCUCCACGUGCUCCCCGUUGCCAUAGCAAUGGUCCUGUCCUUGGCCUCAGCUACGUCCAUGCUGGGGAUGCCGGCUGAGGUUUACAUGGGUGGUAUAGAGUAUAUCUACGUGAUAGCCGGGGUUGCCGUAGCGCUGCUUAUAGCCGGCUGGCAGUUCGUUCCUCUGUUUUAUGAUUUGAAGUUAACAAGCUCACUGGAGUAUUUGGAGCUCCGGUUCAAGUCAAAAGCAGCCAAGUUAACGGCAACGAUAUUGAUCAUCAUUCAGUCGCUAUUCUACCUAGCAGUAGUGAUGUAUUCACCUUCAGUUGCAUUGGAGGCAGUGACUGGGUUUCCCGUUUGGUUGUCCAUUCUAUGUGUCUUGGUGGUGUCCACUAUCUACACGGCUUUGGGCGGACUUCGUGCGGUCGUUUUAACAGACGCCGUACAAAUGGUGGUGAUUGUCAGCGGGUUCUUGGCACUAAUUAUACAGGGAACAGUUGAAGUUGGAGGAAUGGAUAAGGUGUUUGAUAUAAGCAGGGCUGGAGGAAGAUUGGAGCAAAUACACUUUGAUUUCGAUCUUCGAGUCCGUCAUUCAUUCUGGUCUCUGGUCCUGGGUUCCGCCCCCCAGAUUCUGGUGUUUUCCGCCGUAAACCCUGCCUCCGUCCAGCGGUACAAGGCGGUACCUACCCUUACCAAGGCGCGCCUGGUCGUGUUCGGUAGUCUACUGAUAUGGGUGGUUUAUAUCUCACUUGUUUCAUUGACGGGUCUCGUCAUUUUUGCUUACUAUUCUUCCAAGCAGUGUGAUCCCCUUCGUGCAAAUUACUUGAAAAACAUCAACCAGAUAGUUCCUUACUACUUGAUGGACACAUUGUAUUACCCUGGGGUUCCUGGUAUAUAUCUAGCCAGUCUGUUUAGCGGAACUCUCAGCUCCACCUCCGCCGUUCAGGUGGCGCUAGCUGCCGUGACGUGGGAAGAUCUCCUCAAGGCCAAAUAUGGUCAUAUUAGUGAGCGAAGAAAGGUGGUAGUCUGUCAAUGUUUGGUAAUAUUUUAUGGGAUAAUAUCGGCGGGUUUGGCUUUCAUGAUUGGAGUGGUAAAGGGUACAACUGUGAUACAGGUAAAAAGUAAUAAAAAGUAG